CACAGAAUGGCACAGGAAUAACAUAAAAUGGCAUAGGGAGCGAUAUGGAAUGGCACGUGAAUAACACGAAUGGCACGGGAAUAACAGAAUGGCACGGGAAUAACACAGAAUGGCACGGGAAUAACACAGAGUGGCACGGGAAUAACACGAAUGGCACGGGAAUAACAGAAUGGCACGGGAAUAACACGAAUGGCACGGGAAUAACAGAAUGGCACGGGAAUAACAGAAUGGCACGGGAAUAACACAGAAUGGCACGGGAAUAACACAAAAUGGCACGGGAAUAACACAGAAUGGCACGGGAAUAACAGAAUGGCACGGGAAUAACAGAAUGGCACGGGAAUAACAGAAUGGCACGGGAAUAACACAGAAUGGCACGGGAAUAACACAGAAUGGCACGGGAAUAACACAGAAUGGCACGGGAAUAACACAGAAUGGCACGGGGAACGACAUGGAACGACACAUGGAAAGACAGGGUACACACAGGGCUUCACACAUGACACAGGGAGGGACUCAGGGAGUGACAGGGAGAGGCAAUUAAUGGGAAGGAAGAGCUGAGACACGGGGAGGAAUCAGUCGGUAGCACAGAGCGGGGAGGGAAGACGUGGGACAGUGGGAGACUGAGACCGGCGCUGCUACUGAGGGAAUAAACUCUGCUUCUGCCACAGUCUCCCCUUACUGGGACUGGGAUUUGUAACCGGGCUGGGACUGGGCACACAGAACUUUAUAUCUCAUACUGGGCUCACUAAUGCUCCGGCACCGGAUUUAUUUCCUCCUGAGCCCUCACCUGGCACCGGGCUCACUGCAUUCCAUUCUGAUUGGCACCGGGCUCACUGCAUUCUGUUCUGAUUGGCACCGGGCUCACUGCAUUCCAUUCUGAUUGGCACCGGGCUCACUGCAUUCUGUUCUGAUUGGCACCGGGCUCGCUGCAUUCUGUUCUGAUUGGCACCGGGCUCGCUGCAUUCUGUUCUGAUUGGCACCGGGCUCGCUGCAUUCUGUUCUGAUUGGCACCGGGCUCGCUGCAUUCCGUUCUGAUUGGCACCGGGCUCGCUGCAUUCUGUUCUGAUUGGCACCGGGCUCGCUGCAUUCCGUUCUGAUUGGCACCGGGCUCGCUGCAUUCCAUUCUGAUUGGCACUGGGCUCACUGCAUUCCAUUCUGAUUGGCACCGGGCUCACUGCAUUCCAUUCUGAUUGGCACCGGGCUCACUGCAUUCCAUUCUGAUUGGCACCGGGCUCACUGCAUUCCGUUCUGAUUGGCACCGGGCUCGCUGCAUUCCGUUCUGAUUGGCACCGGGCUUGCUGCAUUCUGUUCUGAUUGGCACCGGGCUCACUGCAUUCCGUUCUGAUUGGCACCGGGCUCACUGCAUUCCAUUCUGAUUGGCACCGGGCUCGCUGCAUUCUGUUCUGAUUGGCACCGGGCUCGCUGCAUUCUGUUCUGAUUGGCACCGGGCUCGCUGCAUUCUGUUCUGAUUGGCACCGGGCUCGCUGCAUUCUGUUCUGAUUGGCACCGGGCUCACUGCAUUCUGUUCUGAUUGGCACCGGGCUCGCUGCAUUCUGUUCUGAUUGGCACCGGGCUCACUGCAUUCUGUUCUGAUUGGCACCGGGCUCACUGCAUUCUGUUCUGAUUGGCACCAGGCUCGCUGCAUUCUGUUCUGAUUGGCACCGGGCUCGCUGCAUUCCGUUCUGAUUGGCACCGGGCUUGCUGCAUUCCAUUCUGAUUGGCACCGGGCUCACUGCAUUCUGUUCUGAUUGGCACCGGGCUCACUGCACUACAUUCUGAUUGGCACCGGGCUCACUGCAUUCCGUUCUGAUUGGCACCGGGCUCACUGCAUUCUGUUCUGAUUGGCACCGGGCUCACUGCAUUCCGUUCUGAUUGGCACUGGGCUCACUGCAUUCCGUUCUGAUUGGCACCGGGCUCGCUGCAUUCCGUUCUGAUUGGCACUGGGCUCGCUGCAUUCUGUUCUGAUUGGCACCGGGCUCGCUGCAUUUCGUUCUGAUUGGCACCAGACUGGGUUAUCUGUAGCACUGGGCUCACUGCAAUCCGUUCUGAUUGGCACCAGACUGGGUUAUCUGUAGCACUGGACUCACUGCAAUCCGUUCUGAUUGGCACCGGGCUGGGUUAUCUGUAGCACCGGGCUCACUGCAUUAUUUGGCACCAGAUACGCAGGGUCCUACCCGGCACGGGACUGCGCUGUUUCUUGCGCUUGAUGCACACGUCUCACUGACGACGCAGGAUUCACUGCAUGCAGUUCUGCCACGCGCUGUACGGGCAGUGAUUUCCCAAUUAGGAGCCCAGUAGGGAAACUCAGGGCUCCGGCUCCUCUCCCCCCCAUCCUGGGAUGUGACCCUAAAGGGAGGCAAUAAUGGAUCCUGGGGCUGAUUCCGAAACCCAGCGACUGGUGCAUCAGGAAAAGAUUGGGAGCAGCAUCCGGAUAAAGAGUCUUUUCACAGGCACCAAAGAUUUGUUCCCAGACUUUCCGUUCCAGAAUGGCAGCCCGGCGGUGUCCAUCGAGCUGGAGAGGCCGGUGCCGCGCCACUGCCACGGGGCCUCCCUGUCCUCUGCGGAGACCAAUCAGAAGCUGCAGGCUCGGCGGAAGCUCUACUUUGCCUGCGCUGUGUGUUUUAUCUUCAUGAUCGGAGAGGUUGUAGGGGGGUCCCUGGCUCAUAGCUUGGCCAUCAUGACAGACGCGGCCCACCUUCUCACGGACCUGGGCAGUAUGUGCGUCAGCAUCUUCUCCCUCUGGAUCUCUACUCGCCCCCCAACCAAGAGCAUGAACUUCGGGUGGCACCGAUCCGAGAUCCUGGGUGCUUUGGCGUCGGUGCUCUCUAUCUGGAUAGUGACCGGGGUGCUGGUGUAUUUGGCGGCCGCUCGUAUAAUUAAUAACGAUUACGAUAUUGACGGCCAUGUCAUGCUGAUCACAUCGGGCUGCGCCGUCGGAGUCAACGUUAUCAUGGCCUACAUCCUGCACCAGUCCAGCCCCCUCCAUGGGCACAGUCACGGCUCCGGGUACGAGAAGAUCGGGGAAAGUCCGAGCAACUCCCUGGCGCUGAGACUGGGGGGGCCCCACGGGAACACCAGCGUCAGGGCGGCCUUCAUCCAUGUGAUUGGGGACCUCCUGCAGAGCAUCGGGGUGAUGGUGGCCGCCAUCGUUAUCUACUUCAAGCCACAAUAUAAGAUCGCUGAUCCGCUCUGCACCUUCCUCUUCUCCAUCUUUGUCCUGGCGACCACGGUCACUAUACUCCGAGAUGUCUUCUGGGUCCUCAUGGAAGGGGCGCCCCGCGGCAUUGCCUACGGCUCAGUGAAGGAGGUGCUGCUGUCGGUGCGGGGGGUCCGUUCCGUGCACUCUCUGCGCCUCUGGGCCCUAACGCUCAGCCAGAACGCCGUGACUGUCCAUCUGGCUAUUGAUGAGAGCACGGAGCCGGAGUCGGCAGUGAGAGAGGCCACGGAGCUGCUACGGAGCCAGUUUGAGUUGUGCCACAGCACGGUGCAGGUGGAGCGGUACCUGGAGGAGAUGGAGGAAUGCCCGCAGUGCCGGGACCCCCUGGGCUGAGCCUCAUACCCAUCUCCAAGGACCAUAUAUCCCCCCCCGGCAGAACCAGAGAGUGCAAUGCCCCCUACUGGCCUGGCUGAGGGCAACAUCCCACCCCCCCAUUGCUACAGACCAUUUGGCCCAGACCCCCAGGCCCCAAUGUUCCCAGUGCGCCUCUCUGCCCCUCCGCACUCAGGGGUAUCUUCAGCCUCAGGCCCCGCCUCUCCUUGCUCCCCCUGAUACCCGCUGCACAGAAUGGGGAAAGAUAGAGCCGGCCAUGUUGCCCCUUCCAGUGCAGGACAUUGCCCCGGGGUUGGGCAGAGCGGCUUCUAUCUUGGGGACGGUGCCCCACGGGGAGGGUAGGAAGGGGCCCGUGCCCCACGGGGAGGGUAGGAAGGGGCCCGUGCCCCACGGGGAGGGUAGGAA